UGUUUAUAACUUCAAUUCCUUGCUUACUUUGCUUCAAAUGGGGUGUGCCAUGAAAGUAGGGUGGGGACUCAUUAAUAUUCUGAUGGUGAUUUCAAACUUGCAACAAUGUGUUCUAGGGCUUUCAAAAGUCCCUUGUUUUUUCAUUUUUGGGGAUUCCUUGAGUGACAGUGGCAAUAACAAUUAUCUUGCAACAACAGCAAAGGCGAAUUACUCACCUUAUGGGAUCGACUUUGCCCUGGGACCAGCAGGAAGGUUUUGUAAUGGUGAAACCCGAGUCGACAUAAUCACCAAAAUUCUGGGUUUUAAUAAUUAUAUCCCAUCCUUUGCAACGGCUUCGACCUCUGACAUACACAACGGUUUGAAUUAUGCAUCUAGCGGAUCAGGAAUUCUGGAAGAAACUGGUCGAAUCCUGGGUGAGCUUUUCAGUUUGAAUCAACAGCUACAAAACCAUAAAGAAACAAUAAAAAAUCUCGUUGCAAAACUAGGAACUGUCGAUUCAGCUACUCAAUAUCUAAAAAAGUGCCUUUACAGUGUUGGAAUGGGCACUAACGAUUACGUUAACAACUAUUUCUCGAUCGUUUCUUCAUUUAAUAUGCUCCUGUAUGACCUGGAGAAAUUUACAGAAAGUCUUAUUCACCAGUAUUCUAAGCAACUAAGGAUUUUACACCAUCUUGGAGCAAGGAAGAUUGUCCUUUUUGGACUGGGACCCUUAGGUUCCACGCCUUAUACAACUAAUGCUUUCCCAGUAAACACCACUAAGAAUAUGAACAAUGGGGCCAAGCUUUUCAACAAGAAGCUGAAGUCACUUGUUGAUCAACUCAAUACUGAAUUAACCGAUGCGAAGUUCAUUUAUGUUAACGUUUACCAGAUGAUGUCGUCGGAUGUUCUUCUUUCUUCUGGUUUUAAAGUGUUAAACAAAAGCUGCUGCACAGUGUUGAAUGCUACCAUGGCGUGUUAUCCUUUCUGCACUCCAUCAUGCGAGAACAGGAAAGAGUACGUGUACUGGGACGGAUUCCAUCCCACCCAAGCAAUGAAUCGAAUCCUUGCACAGCGAUCUUAUGAAGCUGUUCACCCAUCUGAUGUUCAUCCUUUCGACAUAAGUCAUUUGCUUAAGUUAUGAGGAUUGUGAACUGUCAUGUACGUACACAAUAAAAGGGACACCUGUGUUUAAAUAAGUCUCUGUACUGUACCCGUGUUUAAGUAAGUCUUAGACAGACGUCCCUGCACUGCACCUGUGUUAAAAUAAGUCUUAGGUAGAGUUUGUUUUCAGUUGAAUAAGUCAAUAUGACUGUUGCUGUGUGGUUGUUUUUGUAUAUGUACAUGUCGAUUUAUAGGAAAAAUAGUUCAAACUAUUCCUAUAAAUUGUCUAGCAAUGAUAAAUAAAAAUCAAGUAGUUUUCAUCGUUUGAUUUGGAA